AACAUAAACAAACCACUAUAAAACGUAUAAUUUUAAGUAUGAUCAAUCAUAUCAAACCGAAAAUCAUAAAUAAAUCAAUUUUUGGACUUCUAAUCAAUGGCAUAUCAAUUAUGACCGAUUUUUGAUCGGAGGUGGAGGGCAGUUCUAGAUAAAAAUCUAACAAAUCUUGAUUUAUUGCUGAAAGUUGAAAUGUUCAUCAGCCGAAUGAUGAGAAAAGUAACACAAUUAUUAAGUUUAUAGUACGCCCAAACGGCUCUGUUUUGAUAUUCUUAAUGUAGGAUAAUCGACUUCCUCAUUUGAUAGCGUUUUUCAACUUGUAUAAACUUUACGUUCAUGUAGGGAGAAAAGCAACAAAUAUCGGCUGUUUUUAAGAAUAUCAGCAAAAAAUAAAAAAUAAAAUGAAAUCAAAUAUUGCGACGAAUGUUUUGUUUGUAUUGCUGGCAUUUAAUGGAAGAUCGAAUCCUAGCAUUCUUGCAGCUACAGAACAAAUUCAUGACACGUUCUCAUUUCUGUGUCAAGAUCAAAUGGUUAAAGUUGACUCGAACAUAUACCAUUUGGAUCGAUUGAAUUCAUCGCUGAAAUCGGAAUAUUUCGAGAAAGUAUUCACUUCAGAGGAUUUUAAGCAGAAAAAUGAUCCAAUUUUAGAAAUAAAGCCUCUCAAUAGUGAAGAAUUUCCUACAAUACUUGAUAUAAUUCAUGGAAAAGAAGUAUACGACGUCUUAAACAAGGAUAACUACCUUUCAUUAUUAAAAGAAUUAAAUCAUUUCGGCAUGAGAAUAGAUCUGCAAAUUUUCAGUAGCUUAAUCGACCGCGAUUUAGAAUCCUGUUCGCCGCAGGAGGCCAAAAUAUUUGAAUUGUACGCUUUCAUUAUUCAGAAUAGCCAGUUUGAGUAUUUAUCAAGGAGUGUUUUGAAAUACUUGUCGAAUCACUCGGACGUAUUACAAAAUCACGAAAUACUUUCGUCUAACGUGCCGUUCGAUCACCUUGUUCGAUUAAUUAAGAAUCUUAAACAUGCGGAUGAAAACACAAGAUAUAACGUAUUUCAAAUUUGUUCAGAAUGGCUCUGUCAUGAUAUGAAAAAUAGACUUCCACACAUGGCACAACUAGUGAAAAAAAUUAAAUUAUUGUAUCGCGUUUCAGAAGAAAUGUAUUCGGAUUUCAGCAAAUGUUUACCUUCGUGCGAUCUAGAUAAGCAGGCGAGACGAAAAAUGAUUUCGACAUGUUUGUUUGCACAGGUUGCUAAUGGUGGCAAACUUCACCCUACAACACCCGAAGAUUGUUAUAACUACGACAGUUAUGCUAGAUAUUCCCCAGACGAUUCAAGUGACGAAAGUGAAACUGAAACUAUGGUGCACGAGAGAUAUGUAAAUGACCGAAACGAUUCUGUCAAACUGAAUGAAUUCCGAAAAAAUGGAGAUUUGUACGACAUCACGGUUCGAGUUGGAGAAAAAACAUAUAAACUUCAUCGUCACGUUUUAGAAUUAAAAUCAGGUUACUUCAGAGACAUUUUUCAGGCUGAGUAUGCAGAGGCAAUCACUCAGUGCGGUGGAACUCCGGUGACGUGUCCAAGUAAAGAUAAGGAGUAUUUACUCAGUGAUGAAAUAGAUCCAUCAACGUUUGAAGACGUAAUAAGUUAUUUAUACGGGUAUGAGAAUCUUAAUGCAAUAUUCAAAAGAUUUGAAUACAAAUGGGAUAAAAUUGCAAAAUUUUUAAAAAUCGUCCAUUCUUUAAGACUCGAUGAAUUAUUACAAGAUUGUAUACGCAAUUUGAAGAAGGAUCACCAAAGAGCCAAUUCGCAAGAUGUUGAGCAGAUUUUGAAUUUUGUACAUGAGAAAUCGGAAUAUGAAAAUUUGUACGUUAUUCAUUUAAGCAAACAUUUGAAAGCAACCUGGCCGAACAUCCACAACAUGCCGCAAUUUUGUUCUAUUUCGUUGUCCGUGUUGAAAAAAAUGCUAAAUUCAUCAUAUUUCCGAUUCGACGAUCCGCAUAAAAUCUUGGACAUUUGUUCGAAAUGGACGUGUCAUGACGUCAAGGGCCGGUACCAAUUUUUACCUCAAAUCGCCGGAGUUAUAAAUCCUCUUUGUGUGGUAGAAGAUGACGAAUAUAGAGCUGACGCUGUAGCAGAAUUCAACCCUUCACCGGAGAGGUUUGUUCGAGAUAAAUUAUGGAAAAUUCUGUCGUCACUUCCUUACACUAUUUAUUCGGGAAAAAACUUCAAAAAUAUGUCCAAGAAGCUAGAGGAAAUACCAACGUUUAUCUCAUUAACGGGGUAUGAAAUAAAUGUUCUUAAUGUCGAUCUAAAUGUGAUCGUAUCAAUUAAUGAUUCUGAACCCAUGCACUCAUUAUGGGGAAUAUCAGCACAAAGGAAUGAUCCACUAUUGGCGACUCUUAUUCACGAUAAUUUAUUUAUUCUUUACAGCUUCAACGAUUCUAUUAAAUUUCAGGUUUACAAUUUUUUUCUGAAAACAUGCACUCAACUACGCUGCGAUCUUCCUAGAUCUCAGAUGAUUUUCUAUCAUUUCUACACCCUCUUGAAUUGCAAUAACAAGAUUUAUAGUUGCUCAAAUCACGGUCGAAUAGCACAAUACUCAAUGGAAUUUGACCUCUGGACAACACUCAUUAAGCAUGAUCCGCAGUCGUACAAAGCAAAUCUUUACUACACAAGUGAUGGGAAAACGCUUUAUAGGAUGUAUGAAAUUCCAGGAAAAGAUAGGUACUCCUCCAGCUCCCAGUACGUUGUAGAGGAGUUUGAUUUAAGAAAGAAUUCCUGGAAUCGUGUGACAGGUUCACCUUUGAUGAAUCUCAUCCCAGAUCCUACUAUUUUCAGUAUGAUUAACGAUCGUGAUUUCAUUAUUUUCGCCUCUGGGGAAAUUAUUACAUCCAACCGCGAUUUUACAGGUAAUAAAUGGCGUUGGAGUUAUCGCGAGGUACCAAAGAAAAGUGUUCUCUGCUUUGCGCAGUAUGAAGAUAGGCUGUUGGUAUUAACUCACGAAGAAAUUUACUGCUAUUACCCCAUCAACGGAAGUUUUGAAUUCAAGACAGCUAUUCCAAAAGCUAUAUAUAGUUUUGGUACUCAUAUUGUGGCGAUUGAUAAACAUUUAUGAUAUGGAUCUCGACACAAUGAAGCAGAUCAGCAGUUUUGUAUCCCUAUAAAAAUAUAUGUUGCGAAAAAAAGAUAGUUAAAUUACGAUUAUUUUCCCGAAUUUUAUACAAAUGCUGGAUCUACUAAUAUAAUCAAUGCCAAUAUUUUAUUGAUUUCUUCACAAAUAAUAUUACCUACUGCAUGAAAUGUACCUACUUUCCAAUUAACUUUCAACAGAUCAACCAUCAUUCAUUGGGAUCAAAAUCGAAAAUUAAACAUCUAUUUUUAAAAUAUCGCUUCAUGAAAAGAAAACGUAAUUUAAACUCACAGCAAGGAUGA